AUGUCUUCUACCCCGGACAAUCGUAUCUUAACAUCAGCGAUUGAAACAUAUCGGCAAUAUGCUGGUCAGCCAACGCUAGCGGAUAUUGAGUCGUGUCGUCAAGAUUCGAAUGAUGAGAUCCUUCAUUUGACACCGUAUUUUUCUACGAUGGAUCUUGUGAAAUUAGAGGAUCUUGUCUAUACACGCUCGUUCACGUAUUCGUUAAAAAGCAAACAAUUGUUAUUUACGAGUAACGUGACACCGGUGAAUAAAACAAUCGUCCGUCGUCUUGCCUCACCCAAUGGCAAAUAUCUCGCGUUAGUGACGAAAGAAAGUAAAGGUGAACAAGAAUUGCAGUAUGUUCAAAUUUGGCACGAUGAACAUUUGAUAUUCGGCUAUGAAGUCAAUGAUGCUAAAAUAUCUCCACAUGGAAAAAUUUUGCCGAAAAAUGAUUAUGCAAGUUUUUUCGAAUGGAGUUCUGAUUCUCGUCGUUUGGUUUUUGCAGCUGAAGAGAAACGUAAACCUUUGAAAUCAUAUUUUACGGCAGAAAAAUUGGACGAUAUCGGAGAACCUGCUAGUACCUAUCGCGAGAAUUGGGGUGAACAAAUGGAAACGUUCGAAACAUCUGUCAUUUGUGUCUUUGAUCUGGAGACGAAGCAAGUGAAAUUGAUUGAAAAUCAACCAAAAGAUUUGUAUUUUGGCCAAUGUACUUGGACAACAAACCCGGACGAAUUGAUUCUUGUUGCAUUCCGUCUUCAGCCAUAUCGAUUAGGUUUGAUCUACUGCGAAAACCGUUCUUCCGCGUUAUUCAAAUGUAAUUGGCGGCAAAAUGAAUGGACCCAAUUGACAGAAUUUGACAAAAUCUGUCGAUUAUUUCCUCGACAUUUACCGAAAACAGAUAAUCAAUUUGUGUAUCUUCAAGCGGAUGUCAAUCGAGCACAUAAACAAUGUCAACGUUUGAUUUUAUUUAACACACAAACAAAACAAGAAGAAAUUCUUAUCGAUCGAAUUGACAAUGUUGAAUAUGCCAAUCAAAAUACACCACCAUUCGCUGCUGAAUGGGACACACAAUUCAAAGGUAUUUACUUACCAUUAGUUCUUCGUUGUUAUUCGUCUGAUGGCCGUUAUCUUCUUAUCCGUUCAACUUCUGGCUCGCGAAAUGUCUUAUAUGUCUACGAUUUCACCGAGAAGAAACUAAUUCCAAUCGAGUCACCAUUAGGAGUGAAUACAUCUGUGAAUGGAUUGGCUAUAUUCGGUCAUUAUAUUGCAGUUAAUGUGGUAGAUUGUCGUACACCGUAUCGAUUGUAUGUAUUCGACUUGAAAACGUUGAACAGUGCGGAAAAAGAUAAGAACGGCUGGUAUUUGAUUGUGGAACAUGAAUUUAAAAAGGAAGAAAGAAGUAAAAUUGAAUGGAAUCUUGAUCGAUUCUUUCCCGAUAAGGAAAAUUUGCCUGUGGAAUCAAUCUACGUUUAUCAGCGUGAGACAGAAGCGAAGCGACCGCUGAUGGUUCUAGUUCAUGGUGGACCGAACUCAAUUGUUCCUUUGGAUUAUUAUGUGGGUGUCGUCGCAUACAUUUCAUUGGGUUUCGAUGUUCUCAUUGUGAAUUAUCGAGGUUCGAUCGGCUUUGGACAAAAUUCAAUUGAUAAAUUACUUGGCAAUAUAUCAAAAACUGAUGUUCAAGAUUGUCAUGAUGCUAUUCGUCGUUGUUUGGAUUACACACAACCUAAUCGACCUGUUAUACUCAUCGGUGGAUCUCAUGCAGGUGUGAUCAUUGGCCGUUUAAUUGGCGAAUACCCAGAUGAUUACGCAGUCGCUGUCCUACGAAAUCCCGUCAUGGAUCUUCUUCAUACAUAUAUAACAUCGGACAUUCCUGAUUGGGCGCUUGCACAGUCCGUCAAUAGUGAUUUUGACUUUGAAACUGGUCGCAAUCGGUUUUUCGAUCUAUCAUUGACAUCAUAUUUAAUUGAACGAUCGUCGAUUCAUUUACUGGACAAAGUUAAAACACCAGUUCUAUUUCAACUUGGUAAAAAGGAUCGUCGUGUCCCAUGGAGUAUUGGUCUUCGUUAUUACGAAAGUUUGAAGGCAAAGAACGUUCCAACAAAAUUAUACGUAUAUGAUAGUAAUCAUGCACUGAGCGAAGUUUCGAGUGCUAGUGAUUGUUUCGUCAAUACAGUUCUAUUUAUACACGAACAUUUGAAAUUAGGAGCCUAG